AGCAGUUCUCUGUAUUUCCGUAGCGACUGACGACCUUCUGUCGUUUGUGCGACAAUUUUUUCUUCACUUCGGUAGAGGGUUUUGUUUCGAAAUCCACUGCCAUCAUGAAACUCGUUCGGUUUUUGAUGAAAUUGAGCCAUGAAACAGUUACCAUUGAGCUGAAGAAUGGUACCCAGGUGCACGGCACUAUCACAGGUGUGGAUGUGAGUAUGAACACUCACCUGAAAGCGGUGAAGAUGACCCUGAAAAACAGAGAGCCCACCCAGCUUGAGUCACUGAGCAUCCGGGGCAACAACAUCCGCUACUUCAUCCUGCCCGACAGCCUUCCCCUUGACACUCUGCUGGUGGACAUUGAGCCCAAAAUCAAGUCGAAGAAGAGGGAGGCGGUGGCUGGUCGUGGACGAGGAAGAGGCAGAGGACGCGGCAGAGGAAGAGGACGUGGAAGAGGCGGACCGAGGAGAUGAAUUGUUUGUUUUUUCUUUGGCCUCUCAUUCUAUCAGUGUGUACAGGACUUUGUUUUUCAUUUGGAAAUAUCGAUUUUUCUUUUGUACAUUAAACAAUUUUUUUUGUG